UGCUGCAGAGCAUCAGCAGAGAGGAGCGACUGGACUCAAGUUGACAACUGCACAACCACGGAUGCUCAGGACUUUACUUCUCUUUUCAUUUCCGAUAUUUAAAGUAAUAUGAAGGCACGUCAAAACAUAUAGUAUUCAAACUGUGUUAUAAAAGUCGUUGCGCUCUUUUGAUAGCACAUGUUUGUUUUUGCGUACAGUCGACGAGAAUGAACUUCAUUUAGGAGACGACCUCCAUCAGGAUCGAGGUCCAGUGCCACCACUGUCAUCCACUCUGGGUCUCUUUUUGGUUCAGUGGGUUCUUUCACACCUUUAAUCACCGAUCACACUUGUUUUCACUCCAGGACGGAGAGGGCAGGACAAUGGGGGCCGGUGGGGUUUCCCCCCAUCCUCUGCUGUGGUUCAGCCUGGUCAGUUUGAUCUCCGCAGCGUCGUCCCUCAAUCCGGACGACCCCAACGUGUGCAGCCACUGGGAGAGCUAUGCAGUAACUGUCCAGGAGUCUUACGCUCAUCCGUUUGACCAGGUCUACUACACCCGCUGCACCGACAUCCUCAACUGGUUCAAAUGCACCAGACACAGGAUCAGCUAUAAGACGGCGUAUAGGAGAGGUGUGAGGACCAUGUACAGGCGACGCUCCCAGUGCUGCCCAGGCUUCUACGAGAGUGGAGAUCUGUGUGUUCCUUUGUGUACUGAAGAGUGUGCCCAUGGACGCUGCGUCUCUCCUGACACCUGCCAGUGUGAACCCGGCUGGGGAGGAUUAGACUGCUCCAGCGGUUGUGAGAGUGACUUCUGGGGUCCUCACUGUAGUAACCGCUGUCAGUGCCGGAACGGGGCCAAAUGUAACCCAAUCACCGGUGCCUGCGUCUGCACCGACGGCUACCAGGGGUGGCGCUGCGAGGAGCCCUGCGAUCCCAGCUUCUACGGAAAAGACUGUUUGUUGGAGUGUCAGUGUCUCAACGGCGCCACCUGCCACCAUCAAACUGGAGAGUGUCUCUGUGCACCAGGAUACACUGGAGCUUUCUGUGAGGAGCCUUGUCCUCCAGGUAAACAUGGCUCCCUGUGUGAACAGCGCUGCCCGUGUCAGAACGGAGGAACGUGCCAUCAUGUGACCGGUGAAUGCUCCUGUCUGCCUGGAUGGGUGGGCCCAGUGUGUGCACAACCAUGUCAGUUUGGAUCCUUUGGUAUUAAUUGCACAGAGGAAUGCACAUGUCGUAACGGUGGACUGUGUGACCACAUCAGCGGUCAAUGCCAGUGCAAUGCUGGCUACAUCGGCGAGAGAUGCCAGGAUGAAUGUCCAGUGGGCACCUAUGGGCCACAGUGUGCCCACAAGUGUGAUUGCCAGAAUGGGGCCAAAUGUUACCACAUUAAUGGAGCCUGUCUGUGCAACGAGGGCUUUAAAGGUCCCAGCUGCCAGGACCGCUUCUGUCCCAAUGGCCUGUAUGGACUCAUCUGUGACAAAUACUGCCCCUGCAAAGCUGCAAACACACUCAGCUGUCACCCUUUGUCAGGAGAGUGCACCUGUGCAGCAGGGUGGGCAGGGCUUUACUGCAACGAGACCUGUCCAGCUGGUUACUAUGGUGAAGGCUGCAGGGAGAUGUGUACCUGUGCUAAUGGAGCUGACUGUGACGGCAUCACAGGAGCUUGUACUUGUGCACCUGGAUAUAUAGGUGAGGACUGCUCCAUCAGCUGUCCUGCAAGCCUGUAUGGGAUCAACUGCACCUCAUCGUGCUCCUGUCAAAACGACAUCUCCUGCUCACACAUCGACGGCUCCUGCAUCUGCAAAGAAGGUUGGCAGGGUGUGGACUGCUCCAUCCCAUGCCCCAGUGGUUUAUGGGGCCUAAACUGCAAUCAGACGUGUCAAUGUAGUAACGGAGCAGCCUGCGACCCGGUUAACGGGACCUGUACCUGCGCCCCGGGCUGGAGGGACGAGUACUGUGACCUGCCCUGUCCUGAGGGAAGCUACGGACUGGACUGCACUGAGAGAUGUGACUGUGUCAACUCUGAUGGUUGUGAUCCAGUGAGCGGAUACUGUCGCUGCCUCGCAGGGUGGACAGGUGUCCAUUGCGACAGUGUGUGUGAGGAGGGACGCUGGGGACCCAACUGUUCCUACAGCUGCACCUGUGAGAACGGAGGCUCCUGUUCUCCAGAAGACGGCACCUGUGUGUGCGCCCCCGGUUACCGUGGCACCAACUGCAGACGAAGUUGUUCUCCUGGUUUCUACGGCCAUCGCUGCAGCCAGUCCUGUCCACAGUGUAUCCACAGUGACGGCGCCUGCCACCACAUCACCGGGCACUGUGAGUGUCUUCCAGGCUUCUUCGGCUCCCUCUGCAACCAAGUGUGUCCCAGUGGAAAGUUUGGAAAAGCCUGUGCAGAGACGUGUUUGUGCACCAACAACGGCACCUGUAAUCCCAUCGACGGCUCAUGUCAGUGCUACCCCGGGUGGAUCGGAGAGGACUGCUCCAAACCUUGUCCUCAGGGGUCAUGGGGUCCAGACUGCAUCCAUACAUGUAACUGUCACAACGGAGCCCAGUGUAGUGCCAUCGACGGAGAGUGUGACUGCAGCCCUGGAUGGACUGGACUCUACUGUACUCAACGUUGUCCCACAGGUUUCUACGGUGCUCAGUGUGCAGAGGUUUGUCGUUGUCAGAACGGGGCAGACUGUGACCACAUCAGUGGACAGUGUUCCUGCAGGACGGGCUUCAUUGGACAGAGCUGUGAACUCAAAUGUCCUGCGGGGACGUUUGGUUACGGCUGCCAGCAGCUGUGUGAGUGUAUGAACAAUGCAACCUGUGACUACGUGACGGGAACCUGUUACUGCAGCAUUGGCUUCAAAGGCAUCCGCUGUGAUCAGGCGGCCCUGAUGAUGGAGGAGCUGAACCCGUACACAAAGAUCAGCCCGGCUCUGGCAUCAGAGAGGCAGUCUGCAGGCGCCGUCCUGGGCAUCAUCUUCCUGCUGCUGCUCAUCAUGGCCAUGCUGGGUCUGGUGGUCUGGUUUCGGUACCGGCAGAGAGAGAAAGGCCACCAUGUUCCGAGUGUCACCUACACACCGGCCCUGCACAUUAACAGCACCGACUACUCACUGUCAGCAGGGCUGCAGUGCAUAGGCCUGCUCUCGUCUGCAGAGUCUUCCCCCAGUAACAGCUCCGUAGGCGGCUGCUUCACCAACCCCAGCUACCGCACCCUGGGUCCCUGCACCUACGCUGCACACUACGCCAAGCCAGACAAGAGGAGCGCCACCAAGUUGAAGACAAAGAGGCGCCACAGGAACAGUGCUCCAGAAUGGGGUGCUUACUGUAACCUCAAUGAGCUGGGUGUUUACUGUUUGGACCGGCGGUACAGUUACCAUGUGGAGCCACGCUACAGAGAUUACAUGAAGGGCUCCUUGUCCAGCACCUGCUCCCUGAAUAGUGAAAACCCUUACGCCACCAUCAACGACCCGCCUGCUCUGGCCUGUAAACACUCUGAGAGCAGCUACGUGGAGAUGAAGUCUCCUGCUCACCAUGAACACAUGACCCACUGCUGCUCUGCCACCAUCAUCUCCACGACCACCACCACCACCACACCCGCCAAGAACGUCUAUGACAUGGAGCCAACCAUCAGCAUCGUCCAGGGGAGCACCUGUGCUGUGGUGCCCACCUACCCUCAGAACCCCUAUGACCUGCCCAGGAACAGCCACAUCCCCAGCCACUACGACCUGCUGCCGGUCCGGCCCAGCCCGUCCCACAGCCACAGCCUGACCUUCCACAGCCACAGCCCCCCCCUGCCCGGCAGCCCCACCAGCUCCCUGCUCUAGGCCAGAGCCCAGACCACUUCCGGACCACUUCUGUUACGGAUCAGACUGAUGCUCGAAGGACAAACGAGGGAGAAGUAAAGGAUGGGACUAAUUUACUGAAGUGUGUGAAUCCGCUGCACUGCUGUUUGAUAUUUUAUCACUGUAUUAUAUCCAAGCUGUUUGAGCUGUGUUGUGCCAGUCAAUACUGCAUAUUUGUGUUGUAUUGUAAAUUCCUUCUCAUCAAAAGAGUCAAAAGAGGGAAUAUACUGUACAUGGACACAUGAACUACAGAGCAGACCUUUUUUCUGGUAUGCUCAUUUGAUAUUUGUGCUGAAGAGGAUGAAGGACAAAAGGAGAAGAUACAUGUGGGACAGUUUGUUUAAACUGGAGUUGUAAAGGAACAUCCCAAAAACACUUCACAUCUGGUGAGUGGAUGUGGAUGUGCAGAGCUGGGAUGAUCAAAAAGGAUCGCAUGGACAUGAAGGCGCAAAGGGAAGAAAACAAAAUCAGAUGGACAGCUACUACAAAUUCUCACAAAAAAAUGCAAACUGGGAUAUGGAAGGUAAUACUGCACACCAAGUCCCAGCUGCUCAGAUUUACACUACCUGUACAGUUCUGGUAUUUUUACACAUCGUUUCUUAUUUCCUGUUUACAUAUUGUGAUCCUGUCAGGAUCCAUAUUUUCUCUCUGAACAAAUGUUAUCUUUUUGUAUGUACUGUAGAUGAAGUGGUGUAUUCUCUGCACACUUACUGUACGUUAGUAUUAGUAUUAUUACUGUGAUUUUCUUUUGUCGUGUCAAGCUUAAUACACAUGCAUGCCAAAGAUUGUUGAAGAUAUUAUAGCUAGCCUCAUGGAAUCUCCUCAUGUUCAUUGGUGCAAACUGUCCUCUGACUGUAUCAACAUGCAAUUGUGUUUUUUGGACGAUAUGCACUUGUGUGUGUUUUAUGGAGGUCAGACAUGGAACAAAUCCUGCUUAAAAGGGUCACUGACUGAUGAAGUAUUAAAAUAAUGCCCUAAUGUAUGAAAUUCCUGCUUAAUUUUUGAAUGUUGCACAGGUUGGUUUUAGGUCAAAACACUCAGUGAGACUUGAAAUGAAAUCUUGUCAUAUAGCAAUAACAGGACAUGUUGACAAUCAGAUGGAAACAACUUCUCAUUCAAUGUGUUUGGUUUCCAGCUUUUGUUCCUUUGCUCUGACUUUCUCUUGCUCGUCUGUCUUUUCUUCAUUUUUGAUCCAAAUACUAGAUUCAGCUGCAGUUGAUGUAUCGAGUGACGCUUGUUGGCUUUUUGUUUGAAGCUCUGAACUCAAUAAAGCUGUCAUAGCUCAGGGGA